ACGUACUAUCUCCAAUCUGACUAAAAACAAAAACAUGAUAAGGCCAACGUGGAAAAGCAAAUAAUCAACCCUAGUUCUUUCAAAAUUUCAUCAGACUUCAGACCCCUUUUCAAUGCCUUAGAACACCAAAUAUGGGUUUAGAGUGUUUGCCGUUGGAGAUAUUUUAUCAUAUCCUAUCCCAUCUCCCGUUAUCCUCCAUCUACCAACUCGGAGCCACUUGUCGCCAUUUCCACGCCAAGAUCCAUCAAAAUGAAUCCUUUUGGCGAUUCAAAGUCAACCAUCAGAACCAUCUGCUCUUCGCCGUCGAAGGUGGUGAAGGUCCCUCUUCGGAUUUAGACUUGAGUUUCACACCCACGGGAUUGAUUCGGGAUCCCAGCCUCCUGGGUUACAAAGAGCUUUAUUUGCUGUGCUCCCACGAGUUUCAAGAGGUCUUGAAAGGCUUGCGCAAGGCCGAAGUUCAUCGGGAAUAUCUACCUCGUCUCCUAAGGUCCAUUGUGCCCAAAUCAUGGUGGAACAAUCUUCAGAGCUUCUAUGACCCAAAUUUCUCAGUCCGUUGUGCCCUAUUUGGACCCGGGAUCGAGUCCCCUAAUACCAAGUAUCUAGUCCAUAAGAUGAUCAAGUCGCAUACAAACUUAUUCGAUGCCACGGGCUUUGUCACGGGUUUACCCGGAGGCUUUGGAUCCGGGGUUCAGAUCGAUUUUCGCAAGAUGUACCAAAUCCAUUUGAUCUGCUUGUACACCAAUUCUGAACGGGUCCGAGAAUGUCAAAGCGGGAUUCAGCGAUUGAAGGCCGGCAACAAUAUGCUAAUCGCCUCGGAAACGAGCGAAAUGCCGCAUGAAUCCGUACUUCAGCUUUUGCCCUCUUUGGAUUGCAUCUUCUUUGCUUUGGAUACCUCCAAGUACGAGGCCAAUCUGGAAGAAGAGGCGCAGUUCUGGAAGAGCGAGUUGGAGAUCAUGUUGAAAGGGCUGAAAUUUUGUGAUAAGAAAAACCUGCCCAUUUUGGUGUUGAGUUGUUCCAACGGUGAUGAAGGGCGUUUUUCGGUGAGCGAAUUGGCUGAGUCCUUGGGCCUUUUGACCUUGCCGUCCAGGCCUUGGGCCGUAUUCAAUGUGAACAUUGCCAAUAUGGAUGGCAUGACCAAGGCCUUGGAUUGGGUGCUCUAUCAUGCCCACAAGAAGAAGGCCAACCUUGAAUACCAUCAGUUAAAUUCUACCAAAUCUAAAGCGUCAGUUUGAUCUUGUUCAGCGAGAAAUAUUAAAACAGAAACCGCAUAAGUAUGAUUAUCGUGAUUAAUAUAGCAUUUUCGUUUCUUCUCCAG